CAGAGAAACGGUUUCUCACGGUGUGUGUUAAACGCUGUGAGGUAAAGGUGGAUGAUUUAUGUCUUCAGUCGAAGAGGACACCGUGUCAGAUUAAGAAUUUCAAAUGUGUGUUUCAGUAACAGGUUGCUGUCGGUGACCGCGGUCAUACACGGUGUGCAGUGGCGGAGCUGCCGCAGAAAACUGAGGAAACAGCUGUUUCACUUUGAAUUUCUUCAGUUGUCUGAGGGAGAAAAGUCUCCGCUGGGCUUGUUGGUGAUGUUUUCGGGUUGGGUGAGGACUGGGCCUUCCUGCUCCCGCUGUGCUGCUUGUUCCUGGAUAUGGGACUUAUCAUGGUGUCAUCAGUGAACUGAAGGAUGUUCAGAGAGCUGUGAUGGAAUGUGGAAGAGUUUGUGUAAAGGGGGAAGAGUCAGGGUGACAGGACACAGUCCUGGGGGGCUCCUGUGCUGAGGGUGAGAUGAAAGGUUGUUCCCCUCAGCCCCCGCCACCUGUCCCACAGAUCCAGAUCCAUAGCUUCUUUCUUUUUCUUCCUGUUUCUUAUAAUAAUUAUAAUAAACAUUAUUUCUAACAUUAUUUAUAUGGUUUACUAUGGUGACUGUAAAAGAAAAAUUGAGUUAAAUUGUGUUUAUUUAAAAGCUCAUUAGUGUUUUUAACUAACACACUGAUGUGUGUGUGUGUACAAGUACACAAACAGACUUGUGAUUUACUGUAAAUGCAGAGGAGGAGGAGGAGCAGCUACAAGUGAAAGUGAAAGUGUUCAGUCUCUGAGCUCAGACUCCAUUUUGACGCAGCAGACAGAGGAAACCUGAGGCUGAGGCAGGACUGACUGAGGGUCAGAAGGUGAGUGUUUCUGUGAUGGAAGACGAGGACAGACCAGAGUCUCCAGGACCCAUCUGUCCAUCUGUAAAGAGUGACCAGUCCAGAGGAUUUCUUCCAGACUUCAGUAAUGAACCUGGACCCUCAGACACAAAAGGACAGGACCAGAGACUGAGACCAGAGUCUCCAGGAUCCAUCUGUCCCUCUAUGAACAGUGACCGGUCCAAACGUGAACCUCCAUUCUUCAGUAAUGAAGCUGGACCCUCAGACACAAAAGGGAAGAAGAGGACAGGUGUCUCUGUGGACCAGCAGCUGUCCUGCUGUGCUUUGUGUCAGGACGUCCUGAAGGAUCCAGUCUCUACCAGCUGUGGACACUGGUUCUGCAGACAGUGCAUCAGCUCAUACUGGGACCAGUCUGGUCCAUCAGGAGACUCCCUCUGUCCCCAGUGUGGACAGAGACCCAGAUCAGGACCUGGACCGCAGACAGCCAGUCAGAGCAGCUCUGUACAAAGUAAGACUGUAGCUGUGUCUGCUGAUGGCAUCAUGUCUGAAAACAGGAGCUGUGCUUUUAUACACUGUCAUUUGUUCUAUCAUACAGCUUUGGCAUUGAAGAUGAUCAGAAACAGCAGAAAAUGAAAAAGCUUUUCUUUGCUUGUCUUUAGUUUUUAUGGAGCUGAUGAAAAGAAUCAGCAGAUUCUCACAUUGUCUUUCUUUAGUCUGACAUUGUCUCUUGUCUUUCAGCAGAUGGUGGUCUGCAGGAGGUUUUAGAUGAACAUAAGAUCAGUCUGAGGAGGAGAUGUGAACGUGUGACUGAAGGA